GAUUUACGUCGUGAAGUAAGCUCCGCUGUUCAUUCGUUGUCGAGCAGUGAUCCGGAUCCCAGUGUAUUUGAUUGCUUGAUGGCCCCGGUUGAGCAGUAUCUCCGACAGCAGCAUGCGCAGUUUGUUUGCUCCGAGGAAUUCCUUGAUGCCUACAAUCGGGUGGAGGAAUUUGCGCUAAAACCGCCACGAAUGCCAUCAUCUUCGCUGACCAGUAGCCGAAAACAACGCAAAUCAUACCCCUAUCAACCGACACUUACAGCUGAGAUGCUGCUCAAAACGCAAUAUGAACGUGAAACCACACUUGGCGAAAGGAUUUACGUCGUAAGUGAAGUGGAGAAACUGUAUCCGCCGGUGAUGAAAGCCCCGUAUGUUUGCAAUGCGACAACGAGUAAAAACGACUCGGCUGUGUCAUCGACAUUUUCGAGUGAUGCAAAUGGUCAGCACUCAACCGUCAAAUUGAGUACAAUUCGUGAAGAACAACUGCGAGGCAACCCGGCGACGCAUACAUUGGCUGUUGGUAUUUCUCCGAUUUCGCAUAUUUUCGAUUUUCGAAAAUUUUUUCACUAUUUCUGA